AUGCUCAAGCGCCGCAAUUCCGGCGACCUGAAGCUGGCCAAGCUGCCGCGAGGCUCCGUCGCUCGCGCGUAUCCGCGGGCCCUCUUUGGCGCCCCGCAAGCCGUUACCGACUGGGAACACUCGCAGGUCGACUGGCUCGACCACAAUCGCUUCGAAAAGGGCGAGCUCAUUGGGUCGGGUAAGUUCUCGCAAGUCUUUGCCUCCAUCGAUACCGAGAACCGCGACCGUCCCAUCGUCGUCAAGGUGUUCAAGACCGGCAAGGAUCUCAAAGUCAAGCGCGAGAUCUUCAUCCUGCGCUACCUCGAGAACGGCCCCAACAUCAUCGAGUACUACGGCUGCUUCCAGCUCCCGACCCCCGAGAAGGAAGCCUGCCUGGUCUUUGGCACAGUCAAAGAGACGCCCUGGCGAGAGCUGAUGGACGCCAUCAACUACCAAGACAUUCAGCACUACAUGUACCAAGUCCUGAAGGCCCUGGACUAUGCCCACUCCAAGGGCGUCAUGCAUCGAGACAUCAAGCCCCAGAACUUCAUCGCCGACCACGGGUCCCGAGUCAUCAAGGUCAUUGACUGGGGCCUCUCUGACUUUUACAUCCCCGGCCGUGACUACAACGUCUACGUUGCCUCGCGCUUCUUCAAGGCUCCCGAGCUGCUGCUGCACUUCAAGCGAUACGAUCACGCAAUCGACAUGUGGGCCUUUGGCUGCACGCUGGCCGCCAUCAUCUUCAAAAAGAACUUUUUGUUCAUGGGUGACGACGACCUGGACCAGCUCUCGGUCAUCACCGAGCAGCUGGGCACGCAGGAGCUCGUCAACUACGUCAACAAGUACGACAUGUCCUUUGGCGGUCGCAUGGAGAUCUCGGGCUUUGUCUUUGGCGGGGCAACCAACUACCGACGCAACUGGGACUACCACGUUAACGACUCGAACCGCGACUGGGCCACCCUCGAGGCCCUCGAUCUGAUCGACCGGCUUCUUCGCUACGACCACCACGACCGCCUCACGGCCCAGGAGGCCAUGUACCACCCCUUCUUCAAGGACUAUACCGACCCCGAUGCUCCCAAAGACACGGAGUGCGAGCAGGUCUCGUCGGACCCGAACGAAACCCCAUGUGCCGAUGAGAUGCCAGCCCUCCAGAUCUAG